GUGCUGUGACGGGCGGUCACAUCCAUCGACCGUCUCUUGUCCCAAACCACCACGCAGAACCUACCACAGGCACUUCUAUCAUCUACAUACCUCCCUUCACCCAUCUUAUAUCCCAAUCACCCCGCGGGACGCUCCAAAGACACAAAUCAGACCGCCCGGCGGUCAAUGCACAAUAAGCGCUGUGACCCUCCUUCCUAAAUAGGGCACAAUAGCAUCGCCGCACGAUAUAGCAGACACCGCCCCGACGGGCGCCUCUCUGUCCUAAACACCCAUCAUCGCAUCCUCUAUCUCUCCGCUCACAAACACCAUGUCCGACAAUGCCACCCUAUUCGCCGCUAUCAUCCCACCUAAACCCUUCCGCCCCAUAGCGUACGACCAGUGGCCUCCAGAGCUCAAGCAGGAGCUCCGCGGCGUGCCGAAGGUCGAGGUGUACGACCUCGCCGAGAACGGCUUCCUCGUCGUCCGCAACAACGAAUGUGGCAUUUGCCACGAACUUGUUAAAGGGCAGCGCAACCUGCAGCAGCACGCCCGGAACCAUAUGCCGAGCCACAUGACUCCCGACAACUCGUGGAGAUGUCCGGUGUGCAUGGGCACCUUCGCGCAGAAGGUCGGCGCCCAGACGCAUAUCAACUCGAUGCACACGCACGAGACUCGCUGGGCCUGCAGGCACGCGAAAUGCAAGUUCGUCUGCUUGGACAGAGCUACGCUCAAUAGGCACGAAAGUCGGUGCCAGCACCGUCCUAGUGCUGUCAUGGAGCCGGCGGGGGUGGUGAAGAAGAAAGCCGAGCCCAAGUGUCGUGCUCUUCAGGUUCAGCCUCCGGUCAAGCCUCGUCCUCUCGAAGCACCGUCGGUUGGGUCGAAGCCGUGUCCGCUGGCAGCACCGUCCGUCGACCUUAAGCCGCGUCCUCUUGAACUGCCGAAACUCGAGCCCAAGCAACGACCUCUCGACCCACCCAGGCCGUCCGUCGAGCACAAGCAGCGUGUGUUCGAGUUACCGCCCGUCCAGCUACCGUCUGCCGAGUUGAAGCCUCCGCUUGGGCUCCCGCCUAUGCAGUUGCCACCUGCCAAAUCACCGUCCAACGAGCAACCAGCCGUCGAGCCGCCUCUCAUGGACCUUUCCGUCCCGUCGCUGUUCCCGAAGCCAGGAUCUUCGCGCUCGCUGCUGAACCCCAAGAGUCCCUCUCCGCCACCCAGCGCCCAGCGUACCGAACCUGCCGCGGAGCCAGUCGAGCCGCCUGCGAGGUCUGCGCAACCUUUUGUGCAGAAUGUACGACCUCCCACGGAGCCAGUACAACCUUCUUUGAGGCCCGCGCAACCCUCCGGGCAGCCAGAGCAACCUCCGGCGCCGCCAGCACCACUUGCGAUGCCUGCACGGCCGCCCGUCACUCCACCGCCGGUCAUCUGGAACGUCGGGCCUCCUGCGCUGCCUAUACAUGUCCCAGCUCAUCCGUCUAUACAACCCACUGCACCUCCUCAAGUGCCUCUCCAUCCUCCUCGACCGUCUGCCAGACACUCUCGCCCGUCCCUAAGUAUUCCUCGCGAACUCCUCAACCGUUCUCGACUGCCUCGCGAGCCUCCCGAGUUCUCGUUCAAGACCGACGACGAUCCCGUGUUUCCAAGCUUACGCGGUCCCCAGCCGUGGCGCGUCCCGCGGCCCAGUGCCCCCUCACUACUUAAGCCGUUCUCGGUUUGGUACGAGGGUCUCGCCCAGGCGUCCGCCCCAGUCAAGUCGGAGCCGCCAAAGGCGCGGGCCAACCCGCCGCCUACCGUCCGCAACGACCUCACCUUUGUCAACAUUGCGUUCCACAAUCUUCCGCCCGCCUCCGUCAUGACCCCAGUCAAAUCCGAACCGUCGAAUAACCCUCCACUGCCAGAUACCAAGUCCUCCGUCCCGCCCGACGACACGUCCGUUCAAGACUCCCCCUUGGGCUUCGACAAGCCCGAGGAGCGCCUGACCGAGGAGCUCCUCCCACCCGGCUCGCUCAUCCCGCCCAAAGCGACCCUCAGAUGCAAUGACGAUAACACAGUGGACCUCGGAGACGGUACUAAGCUCGCAUUCGUCAAUGGCGUGUGCACCUACCCCGAUUGCGGCCUCAAGUUUAGCCGGUGCAAGAGGGACUGGACCCGACAUGCCAUGGUGCAUAUGAAGUAUGAGAACAAGAAGGAUCUGUCCUGGCGCUGCGGGGCGGAGGGGUGCGGCAAGCUCUACUCAACAAAGCAUGGCGCGAAGGAGCAUUUCUUCUCGAUGCACACCAACGCUAGACCGUACACCUGCCAGAUCUGCCACCACACCUUCUCGCGCGUCGACGCGGUUCGCAAGCACAUGCGUGGCAUCCACGGGCAGAUCAAGCGCAAGACGCAGCAGCUCUACCGCCCGUCGAGCAUGGCGGGGGCGCGAGCGCGCGCUGCGAACAAUGCAAUCUCUGCCGGCUUACGCAAGACCUCAACGUGCGCUUCCUCGAGCGACCGCGGGUCCUCAGUAGACUCAUCCGUCGACGACGCUUCAUCUGGCGGACCAUCCCGCAAGUCGUCUGUCGCGUCCCGUACGCCGUCAACCGAGUCGCUCGCAGCCCCAGUCGCAUCGCGCAGGGGGUCAGCCACCUCGCGCUCGUCAACCCCGGCGGUAGACGCGCCGCAGUGCCCUUCGCCAAGUCAUCCUCGUCCCACCGACGAUGCGAUGGCGACUGACGACGAGGGCACCGUCCAAGGGGAGGAGCCUCCUCCCAAGUACCACUGGCAGGAGAUGCCUUCUUCCAGUCUACGUCCCGUCAAGCUCGAACCGACCGACGACGACCUGGUCUCUGUCGUUGAAUUCGACGUCGACUCCGGGGACGAGUCUGAUAUCCCGAUCGAAAUCGAGUACGACGACGAGUCGAUGGACAUGGACUAGCACACGACUUCCCUCGAGACGUCUUUUCUCAGGACUUGUUCCGCAUUUAUGACUUUUUCAUGAUCACGACCACCACACUAACAUUGUAUCCCACAUUGACCUCCAUCCACUGUCCUUACUUACCCACGAACCAACUGUAGCACCUUCUUUCAGCCACUAUGUAGUUUUCGGCGCUCAGAUCUUACGUCUGGGUGCCAGUGUACUAUCGAACCCUGUUCCUACAGAUUCCGCCAUCACGAGGCACUAUAUCUACUAUUGUACCUACUGCUUUGCUCUCUACUGCAAUGGAGGCUGUAGUUGAGCUGC